AUGCAAAAGAGUUUGAAGGGUACUUAUGGAAAAUCAAAAGUUCCUAAGGUGAAGACAAUGACAAGAAUGGCAUCAUCGACAAAAAUGAAAAAUUGUAGGUGGUACCAAGAUGUGGAAGGAAAUGUAGCUACAUUUGAUGCAGUUUUAUGCGACAACGCCACUGGCACCGAAAUUGCCGCGUGGAAGGCUUCAAACGAUUGUGGCGUUCAGUUUCAGAAACAAUACACAGGAGGUGGUCGGCGUUCACUAAAUCUGGGUUUGAUUUUCUCCGGCGAGGAAUAUAAGGACGGGGUUGGAUGGAGGUUGAGCAAAGAAAUGGAGGGGAGUGUGCUGAAAUGGAGAAUAGGAGCACGAGCAUGGAUGACCUACUUGCCUAAUGACAUAAAUAGUCUUCUUUUUCAAGUUUAA